UUGCUGUCUCUGUGUGUGACAGUGUUUUACGGAUGAAGAGAUUGAGCCGACUUUGAGGCGCACACAGAAUUUCCUGUAUCCGUAUACUUUGAUGACACCCUGAAUUCUCAGCUCUCUACUUACGUCUACCCCAAUGUCUCUGACUUCAAGGAUCUCGCUGACGAGCAGCGUCAAGCAGGGCAGCGACGCCGGCGGCAGCAGCGAGCGCAAUGCAAAUAUACGGAAUCUAUUUGCGCCCACUCCCGCGGCGCUGGCCAAGCGAAAGGCGGCACGGCAGCGCAGCCAGAGCAGUGUUUGCCUGGAUCGAGGGCAGCUCGAGCAACGGGAGCAACGGGAGCCACAGGAGGAGCAACCGCCUGAACGGCAAGUGACUCAGCCGGGCCGGCUGUCCCAGAGCAAUCAGGCGCUGAGACGUUCCAUGGGACAAAUAGCCAGCUACAAUGGGACUAAUGCGAACAAUGGCGAUUACCAGGGAGGCAUAUGGCAGCGAGGGAGCGAUGGCCCCGACAUAAAUCAAAUGGCAAUGACUAGAAAUCAAUCAGCAAUGGAACAAUAUGAGAACAAUUCAAAGGGCAGUCUGAGCCGGCAGUUCAAUGCCUAUGGCAGCCAGAACGACUGGGCCAACAAGCAAAACAAUGACUGGCAGCCGAGCGCAUUGCAAUUGGCUACAGAGCAGCUGCAGGUGCAGCAGCCGCUGCGUCGUCCUUCACUGGCCUGGCACGAACGUAAGAACUGGCAGGCAAUGAGCCAGCCGGAAAAUUUUAUUAACAGCAGCAUGCAAAAACAGCAGCAGCAGCAGGAGCAGCAGCAGGAGCAUGAGCUGGAUCAGCUUAAGCUGGCUGAAGUCAGCGGCAACAACAAUGUUGACUUUGGUAAUGAAAUGACCUGGGGCAACGCAGCAGAGAAAUCGCUGCCAUUGAAUCACCUGAGACUGCGACAGAGCUCACUUCAGCCCGACCAGCGCCAAGACAUUUAUACGGCAGCCACUGGCGCUGCUGCUGCUCGCGAUUACGACGCGGCUAAGGUUGAUGAGGAGCAACGCCCAAGUAUGCACAGCGAAAGCUGUGCGCAGUUUGCGCCGCUAGCGGAGCGACUGCAGCGAUUCCGGCAGCGACAGCAGCGUUACAACAGCGCUGAUAUUGAAAAUACCGACUUAUCAGCUGAACAAAUAAGCGUUGCCAAUUUGCAUGGGCAGAGCGACGACAACAACAACUACAAUAAGUUUAGUAAAACUGCUGCCGUUCGACGUUCAAGCGCAAGUGGUGCAGUUGAUGCCACCGGUAGCUACUCAACAGACGCUUUAGAGGAGGCACCUUGGCAGGGUUUUGAGGUUCAGCCGAGUGACGUUGGCAACGACGAGGCAGCGCCUCGACGACGUGUGCUCAUCAAGCGCCGCAUUGUGCGCUCGACACGCGUCCGCAACAGUGCUGCUCCGCCAUCCCCAUCCGCAUCCGCAUCGGCCUCACCGCACAGGUCGGCUGCGGGGCGAAAGCAAAAAGCGGAUUGUCAGCUCGGCUGGCUGGCAAGGCUGCGCAGUUUCCGUGGCAGCGGCUCAAACAACAGCAAUUUAAAGGGCGCCACAACAACGGCUUUUGCCUCACAUCAUUUGGAUAGCAACAAGAGCCAAGGGAGCAGCGCUCCUACACCCAUCAUGGCCGUCCUGCGUACUAUGAAGCUCAAAGAGCGCCUCGCCAUUAGCCUAGGCGCGACGCUCGUGCUGCUCACGCUGCUGCUCAUUGUGGACGUGCAAAUGGACUUCGGGGUUGCCAACCGCCAUCUGCUGCAGCAACAGCAUCAAAAGCUUCGCUUUGGCAAUAGCAACAACGAUUACAACGAGGCCGGCACAGCCGGAGCCGGCGGCAUGCUGCACGAGUUCAAGCGCAAAUUUCUGCAGAAAAGCAACUCUUCUGGCUCCAAGGAGGCCUCCACGCCGGCACAGGCGUCGGGCGGCGGGACGACGAGCGGGCAGGAGGGCGUAAUCGCUGGGCCCUCGCAGUCAACCCGCAAGCCGAAGCCGCACGAUCGGUACCUGGACCUGCAGAAGCUGCUGCUGAGCGAUGAGUAUAUGCACGUCAUAGUCGAUAAUGAGCCAGAUGUGACGGUUAACAAUCCGACGCUCGGCGAGCUGCUGCACCGUCAAGUCGGGGCAAACGCCAGCAAUUUGGAGCGCUUCCAAUUGCGCAUUACCAAGAAGGAGCUCUACAGCGAGCACGAUACCCUGGUCGAUGCGGUGCUACGUGACAUGAUCACGCUGCCAAUACAGCAUGUGGUUCAGAAAGAGGGCGGCACACAGCUGAAGCUGAUCAUUGAGUAUCCGAAUGACGUUAAGGCUCUAAUGAAGCCCAUGCGGUUUCCACGGGACCAGCAAACGUUGCCCAAUCACUUCUACUUCACAGACUAUGAACGUCACAAUGCCGAGAUUGCAGCCUUCCACUUGGACAGGGUCCUGGGCUUUCGUCGCGCGAUGCCUGUGGCUGGUCGCACGCUGAACAUAACGACCGAAAUUUAUCAACUGGCCGACGAAAAUUUAUUGAAGACAUUCUUUGUUUCGCCAUCGCUGAAUUUAUGCUUCCAUGGCAAGUGCUCGUACUACUGCGACACUUCGCAUGCCAUUUGUGGCAAUCCGGACAUGCUGGAGGGCUCCUUUGCCGCAUUUCUGCCCAGCUUCGAGACCUCCAAUCGCAAGGGACGGAAGCUCUGGCGGCAUCCUUGGCGACGUUCCUAUCACAAACGAAAGAAGGCUCAGUGGGAGACAGAUGCCAAUUAUUGUGCUCUGGUACGCGACAUACCGCCCUACGAUGAGGGACGACGUCUGCUUGAUCUUAUGGACAUGGCUGUAUUUGACUUUCUCACUGGGAACAUGGAUCGGCAUCAUUACGAGACUUUCAAAAUCUAUGGCAACGAGACGUUCCCCCUGCAUUUGGACCACGGACGGGGCUUCGGGCGUCCCUAUCACGAUGAGCUCUCCAUUCUGGCGCCCGUCCUGCAGUGCUGCCUGAUACGCAAGACGACGCUCACCAAGCUGCUAGAAUUCCACAAUGGGCCCAAGCCGCUGUCGCAGAUUUUGAGCGAGUCGCUGAGCGUCGAUCCCAUCAGUCCGGUGCUCUGGCAGCCCCAUCUGGACGCGCUCGAUCGCCGGGUCGGCGUCAUUCUGCAAAGUAUACGGGACUGCAUCAAGCGAAAUCCGCCCGGCGAGCUUGACGGCUCCGAUGCGGACGUAUCGUCAUAGCGCUAAGCCUCCCAAACUGAGUUAGAGUCUAAACUUAGCUAUAAGUUUGCGUGUCUUGUGUACUGUCUAGACGUAAGAGUAGAAAUCGAGGCGGGGCACCUUUGUAAAAGGUCACCUUGUCACACGAUAUCCUUGCAGCUCUGUCUGCACAUACCAAAAAAAAAAAAAAAAAGAGAAAGCAAGAAAAAGAAAACCAAACAAAUGAAUGUACGAAACUUCUUGUACAUUUCUUUGGUUCAUUUUGUUUAGCAUGUAUGUAUGUAUGUAUGUAAUCGAGUUGGCCAAUUGAUUGACUCGAGUUUCGGUUAUGUGGUCGAAUCUUAAAUGAAGUACCUUCAGCACAUUGCACACACACAUACACACGCAUAACUCAUACCACACAUACGCGCACACAAACUUCCCGAGCAGCUAAACCACAAAUUAACUACAAAUUACAGCCACAGUAGGUGCCAAAAGCAAAUCAACGCGUAUACAUGAACGCAUGUACUUGAACUUAAAUUGAUUCUAAGAGCAAAACUAAAUUAUACAUACAUUGCGCUAGAGUGAAACUUCUUGAAAAGACUAUAACAUAUAACUAAUUGCUAAA